AUGGCACACGCGUCUUGCAUCCAUCUCAUCCCGAACUACGAUCUUGACUCAGGUUAUCCUGUCUUCUACUCACCGAGCAUGACAUCUCAGGCAGGCGUGACGGAUCUUGGCGGACUAUGGUCAGACGCUCUCGAACUGUAUAGGAAAGAAACGAAGACCGAUCUACUGAGCUGCGACUUCGCCGACGACAUCCUGGAGUGCACGUCCGGAGAUGAGGUUUUGAAUAUCAUCUAUAACGAGAUGGAGAGCUUUAAGGCUUUCAGAGGGGACUCUGCACAAUGGGGAAAAGUGCGAUCCGUACUCAAACGCGUCGUCGACGUAGUUCUAGUCUUCAACGACGCCAUUGCAGAGACAGCAGCUUCUCAAGGAAUUCCCGGGGGAAAGGCUAUACUAGUAGGCUUUGGUAUACUUCUGACGGCAACUAAAGGCGUAAGCGAGCGUUAUAAUGCGCUUGAGGAGCUAUUCUCGCAGGUAGUAGCCUAUCUCGAUCGACUAUUAGUUCGACUUGAAGCCCGAACCGAACUACGCCCUGCGGCGCGUACCGUUGUUCUGAACGUACUUGCACACGUUAUACGUGUCUUGGCGCUUGCGACCAGACUCCUCAAGAAGAACCGCCUCGUGCAUUGGAUUGAGGUAGUAUCAGGCAACCACGAUAUGCAAGACGCACUUGCGGGGCUAGACAAACUCACGACUCUUGAUACGCGCAUGACACUUGUCGAAAACUACGCCACAGCUCAGCAAAUCCUGGCCGAGGUUGAAAUCCUGCGCAGCAAUGACGAAGGCCAAUCGGAUGCCCUUCAACGUAUCGAGACCCAUGUCACAGCACUGGUGGACGUCCACAUACGAGAGUGGUUAGCUGCUCCCGAUUCCUCUGCAAACCAUGAUCGUGCCGUAGAGUCUCGUCACGCCGGCACCUGCACAUGGUUAUUGAACAAUCCCGCCCUCGAAUCAUGGAAGAACGCCGAGUCGUCGUUAUUAUGGAUACACGGGAAGCCUGGCUCGGGGAAGACCGUUCUUUGCGCUUCUGUCAUCGAUUAUCUGAACGAAGAUCCCACCAACAUCGCCGCAUCGUACUACUUUGACUUCAGGGACGUGACCAAACAGGAUGUUCACGGCUUACUCGUCUCGCUCGUUCUUCAACUGGGCGAUGCCUCUACCGACUGCGCCAGCCUUCUCAGAAGUUUCCACGCCCGUAACUCUGUCAAAGGGAAACCUGGAACUUCUCUGUUGAUGGCUCUGUUCAAGGAUCUCGUUUCCGCCCUGGCAAAACCUGUCUAUCUCGUGCUCGAUGCUAUAGACGAAUGCUCGCCAGAUACCAGGCGCACCAAGAUCCUUCCUUGUCUGGAUGAAUUAUUGCGACAAAGUUCGACUUUCAUGCAUAUCUUGCUGUCCAGUCGUCCUGAGGUCGAUAUCCGCGAAGUCUUCGAUGAAUGGCGUGCCACAAGAUAUGCAGAGGAAAUAGACGUGCACAAUGUACAGUCCCAUUCGCGUGACAUAGAGUCAUACAUCAUGCAUUCGCUUUCUUCGGACUCGACAUUUCGGAAGUGGCCGAGCCAUUUGGUCGAUCUAGCGCAGACAUCUCUGCACGAUAAGGCAAACGGAAUGUUUCGUUGGGUGUCCCUCCAACUCGAUGGCCUUCGAAAAUGUCUUCCAAAGCAUGUCGAAUCAGCAUUGCGAAGUUUACCCGCGACGUUAGGCGAGACCUACCUUCGCAUCUUAGAUUCCAUUGAAAUGACCUGUAUCGACGACGCUUUGCGCAUCCUGCAAUGUAUAGCGUUCGCUACUGCUCCACUCACGGCCGGCGAACUUGCAGAGAUAUUUGCUAUCGAGUUUGAUAAGGAUAUGGGGUGCGCGACCCUUCGUCCUGAAUACCGUGUUUCGAACCCGUUACAUGAAGUUCUCAGACUGUGCUCUGGUCUCAUCUCUGUGUCAUCGUCAUUACCUGAAAAUCCCCAUGGAGCGCAGAUCAGCUUUGCUCAUUUCUCGGUUCACGAGUAUCUUACUUCGGCUGGAGCGCCAUCGCAGUAUCACAUUGACGCCCUGGAGGCACAUGCGACCUUGGCCCAGGCUUCUAUCAGCUCUCUACACUCAUUGAACGAAGAUGCCCCCCUAAAUCACCAUGCCGUACAGAACUGGAUGGUGUAUGCGACGUUCCCCGGAGUAGCCAUGAGAAUAGCUCCGCUUCUCGACACUCUUUUGCUACCUUCCAGCCACGGUAUAAGCAUCAUCGCAGAUCCGCCUGCCAGCAAGGCGGAACCUCGAGCAUUCUACAGGUGGUCAGAACUCGUUGGGGAAAAUCACUGGAAGGACGUCCCUGCGGGACAGGAUCGCAAGAGCACACUGAAGUUGGAAGUGUCUUAUCAUCCGCUCAUAUGUGCUGCCUACUUUGGUUUCGUAGAACAAGCGAAGCACCUCAUGACUUUGACAACGUUCCCUAGAGAAGUUGGUCGCAGUGCUCUGCAUGCUGCAGUCAUAGCCGGACACAUUGAGAUCAUGGAGGGCUUGUUGGCAUCAGGCAUCGUGGAUGACGUGAAUGGAGUCGUGGCAUACGUGCACAAUUAUGCUCGUUUCUACCCACGUCGAAGAGACCUCUACGGCUCAGAACGCCGACUGACUCUCUUACACGUUGCCUGCGAUGCGCGCAAGUACUGCCGGCUCACGCCCGGACCCAUCUCUCAGGCCAAAGUCCUGCAGACUCUGCUCGAUCACGGGCUCGAUGUCAAUACUCGAGCCGAGGGCCGAUCUCCAUUACAUGACCUGAUCUAUGGCUGGGCAGACUCGCUUGCCCAAGGACAAUUCAACGCCCUACCGCAGCCCGGUCUUCUAGUCGAGACAUCAAUUGUGCCAGCACUGAAUCUAUUACUGUCACGCGGAAUAAAUGUCGAUGCUGCAGCUUUACGUUUGGCAUUGGAUGAUCGGUACAUGAUUGGUGUACGCGAGGACCCUAAGAGUCCGCGGUCGCUUGAUGAACAUCCGACCGGCCACCUUCUCGAGCUCUUGUUCCAGCACGGAGCCGAUCCUAACUUGCGAGGCUCCGACGGACGCGCCGCUUUACACGAUGCGGCGGCGGUCGGCGAUGUCUCUGUGAUGCGCACGCUUCUGGAGCAUUGCCCCGAACACGCGAAUGUGCUGGAUGCUAAGAAGAAUACACCUUUACACUGUGUUAUUGAGAGAGCAUCUUACCAGGGAGAUGUCCGCGCGAUGAUCGAGCUGUUGAUCAGCCACGGUGCUGACGUGAACGCUCGGAAUCUGGCGGGUAAAACGCCAUUGGUGGCAGCAUCGCUCGCCGGUUUGUACGAGGAUGCCAAAAUGUUGAUCGCUUGUGGUGCAGAUGUCAAUGCACGCGACAAGGAUGGUCGGGGUGUAUUGCAUGUCCCAGGACUCUUCUAUGAGCUUGCUAUCCUGUUCCUCGAAGCGGGGGUCGAUCGAAAGGCGCUCGACACUGCCGGACGCACCGCGUUGCACUAUGCCUGCAGUCAGGUGGCAGUAUCACGAACCAAUAGUGUCGUACAUGCACUCCUGCCCAUCUCUGAAGGGAAGGACAUAGUGAAUGUGCGUGAUAGCAACGGACAGACCGCCCUGCACUAUGUGUGCCAGAAUAUUCUUGACGGCAGUCUGGAUAUCGUGAAGACCCUGCUUAGCCGAGGUGCGGACACUAACAUCGUCGACGAGCGACGGUGUACAGCACUUUAUUAUGCGGCCUCAUGUAGGACCUGGGAUCCAGAGAUAUUAUAUGCUCUACUGAAGGCCGAAGCGGAUCCUUUCGAUGCCUUCGAGGGCACUCCUGCACAUAAAGAGUCCUCACAGUUCGGAUCGCAACCUCUCACACCUUUGUCCUCGGCCCGCCCUGCCUCCGAGUCUAUCACUGACUCUGAUCAAUCCGAUGGUCCAUGGGCACCAGUCGGCGAAGACCAUGAUACAGAUUAUCUUCCGCUCAACUAUACCACAUUCGGAACGCUGGAAGAAACCCCAGAUCCUGAUAGACCGUGGAUGGAGACGUUGAGGAGCGUGCUCAAUAACUAUGCUCUCGCGGAUAGGCGGUCGGAGAAGCAAGCAGACCCAGAAUCUACGCUUGCGAUCCAACUUAGAACCAGGGCGCUGAUUCAUCUUCGCCUGAGUACGGUCGCCCUGGUGUACGGUGUGCUUCUUGUGUAG